AUGUCUGACGUAGAUGAUAUACCACCAUUGGAAGAUAUUCCAAUAAGUACAACAACGACAAAACAAGUAUCAACUCCAGUUGUGAAACAUGUUGAGCCACAACCGAAAGAGAAAUCUGUAACAGAUAAAAGUUUUGCUGGUAUGAAAAAAGGCUUUUUAAAUAGUAGUUCAACACCGAAAUCAAAAUCGAAUGAAAUAAUUGAAAUAUCAUCGAAAAAAAAUGAACAAACAAAAGAUUUUCGUGUAUUUGAUGAAGUUCAAGAAGCUAUUAAAAAAGAAGAACAAUCAAAAAAUAGUUGGUUAACAAAUGAUCUUUUAAAACAAAUUGAAGAUGAUGAAUCAUUAUCUCAAUAUUUUUCUAAUCCAUAUUUUAUGGAAGCUAUUACUUUAUUUCAACAUAAACCUCAAGAAGCACUUGCAAAAUAUGGACAUAAUGCUGAAGUUAUGAAAUUUUUUGAUCGAAUGGCUAAAAUACUUGGUACUCAUUUUACUUCAAUAGAAGAUAAAGAAGAAAAACAAACAAAAGCAAAUAUUGAUCCAGAAGUUAAUAAACUUUUACAAGAUGAACAAGUUCGACAAUUAUUACUUGAUCCAGAUGUUGUUAAAUUGAUGAAAAUGUUACGUGAAGAACCUGAUAAAGCACAAUGGAUAAUGCGUACGGCUAAUAUAUCAAUGCGUAAUAAAAUUCAACAACUCAUUGAUUUAGGCCUGUUAAGUGUUGCUUAA